GCAGUCGGAGCGCGGCGGCAGCGGCAGAGGCGCCGCGGCGGGGACCAGCCCAGAGAGACCCCCCGAGCCCGCGGCACAGGCGGCGGCGGCGCUGAGCGGGCUCGACCAGCCGAGCGAGCGGCGGCCCCGGCUCCUCCUCGUCCGGCGCCAGCAGCCCGCGCCCCGCGCCCGCACUCGGCCAGCCGAGACCCGCCUCCCGCCAGCCCGCCGGCCUCGUGAGGGACGCGCCGAGCCGGGCGGCCGAGAGCGGCGGCGGCUGGGAGCGCGUCGGGCCCGGGCGGAAAGUGCCUGCGGGGGGCGGGCGAGCGCGCGGUGCCGGCCGCCCCGGGGCUCGGCGCGGGAGCCAGAGCGGGAGCCGGCGCGGAUUGGGACGCCGGGUCCCGAGCGGCCCGCGGCCGGGGCUCGCCCCCGCCCCUCCCUCCUCUCCGGCGGCGGCGGCGGCGGCGGCGGCGGGCGGAGUGAGCUGCGGAGCCUGGAAUAUGGUCGGGGAAAUGGAAACGAAGGAGAAGCCGAAGCCCACCCCAGAUUACCUGAUGCAGCUGAUGAACGACAAGAAGCUCAUGAGCAGCCUGCCCAACUUCUGCGGGAUCUUCAACCACCUCGAGCGGCUGCUGGACGAAGAAAUUAGCAGAGUACGGAAAGACAUGUACAAUGACACAUUAAAUGGCAGUACAGAGAAAAGGAGUGCAGAAUUGCCUGAUGCUGUGGGACCUAUUGUUCAGUUACAAGAGAAACUUUAUGUGCCUGUAAAAGAAUACCCAGAUUUUAAUUUUGUUGGGAGAAUCCUUGGACCUAGAGGACUUACAGCCAAACAACUUGAAGCAGAAACCGGAUGUAAAAUCAUGGUCCGAGGCAAAGGCUCAAUGAGGGAUAAAAAAAAGGAGGAGCAAAAUAGAGGCAAGCCCAAUUGGGAGCAUCUAAAUGAAGAUUUACAUGUACUAAUCACUGUGGAAGAUGCUCAGAACAGAGCAGAAAUCAAAUUGAAGAGAGCAGUUGAAGAAGUGAAGAAAUUAUUGGUACCUGCAGCAGAAGGAGAAGACAGCCUGAAGAAGAUGCAGCUGAUGGAGCUUGCGAUUCUGAAUGGCACCUACAGAGAUGCCAACAUUAAAUCACCAGCCCUUGCCUUUUCUCUUGCAGCAACAGCCCAGGCUGCUCCAAGGAUCAUUACUGGGCCUGCGCCGGUUCUCCCACCAGCUGCCCUGCGUACUCCUACGCCAGCUGGCCCUACCAUAAUGCCUUUGAUCAGACAAAUACAGACCGCUGUCAUGCCAAACGGAACUCCUCACCCAACUGCUGCAAUAGUUCCUCCAGGGCCCGAAGCUGGUUUAAUCUAUACACCCUAUGAGUACCCCUACACAUUGGCACCAGCUACAUCAAUCCUUGAGUAUCCUAUUGAACCUAGUGGUGUAUUAGGUAUGGCUUUCCCAACGAAAGGCUAAGAAUUCAAGAACGGUCUUAACUGAACCCUCAUCAGAUCUGAAUUUAACAAAUGCUUAGUCUCAGCAGCCUCCGGGGGAAAAAAGCUUAGCCUAGCAGUCAGUGACUUACUUGCACUUUUUGCACAUAGAUAUAAAGUAAAAUUAUGUUAUUAAUUUGGUUUAGUCUGUAAUAUUACACAGUAAUGGUAAUUUAUAAAGGAGUGUAUAGUAGUAUACUGACUGCUAAGUGUACUAUACUGUUUGCUUUACUAAUCACCUAAUUCAUUGCAGUUCAUACUUAUUGACUCAGAGUUUAAAACCACAAUCUGUAGGCUUUAAGAAUUGCUUUUAAACCUUUUUAAGUGAUAAACUCUUGAAGUGGUCUUAAGGUUAGCAAAUAAUUGUCAGUAUUAAACAUGGCGUUAUUUAAGUAGUCCUGCUGCAAGAAAGGCACUUCAGUGAAUAUGUGACUAGUAAAGCUUAAAUAUGUUUGGAUCUAAUAGAGCUCAUGAAAUACUGUAACUUGGGGAUUGUAAAUGAAUGGAUACAAUAGGUUAAGGCCCAAGAUGUUUGAAAUGAAUGCAAUAUUAAUAGAUGCAUAUAUACAUGACAUAUUGUGGUUAAUUUUAAAACUACUGUGCCUUAACGUGUUUCUUAAACUUUUGUAGUAAAUGAACAUUUGAAAUCCAUUUUGAUAAACCUGCUGUUAAUGUUUUUUUCCCCCCUUGUGAAUGUUUUCUAACUUUGUCUUGGUAAUUGCAAUUUAACUAGGUGCGGUGGCUACUAAAGUUCGAAGGCACGAUAUGCGUGUCCAUCCUUACCAAAGGAUUGUGACCGCAGACCGAGGUUAGUUUAGUUCUGCAGUUCUUGUCUAUAAGAAAUGCGUUGGGUGUCCAUAAAAUUUGCAACACCACACCUGAUGGAAAAAUGUAAUUGCUUACCUGCACACAGUUUUUUUUUCCUUUUCUAAAUUUGUUUGUGAUCAUUGACAGAUUUAAGGGUUGGGUUUUUUGUUUUGGUUUGGUUUUUUCUCCCUUCAUAUUUUAACUUAUUAAAUCUUCUAUUAUUAUGUACUAUGAUUUAUUCCUACUAAAACAUAAAUUAGUCAAUUUGGGGAGCUAUUAAAUUUUGAUGUUGCCUCAGUUAUUUUCAUUAAUAACUUUUGCUAAAAUUUACCUUUUAAAAGUUCUGAAAUUUGGGGUUGGUAUUGCAAAAUGAAUUGAACGGAUGGUGCUUUAAUGAGAGAAGUAAAGGAAUAUAUGCCUCCUGUGUACUUUUGGAGAAAACUGAAGAUUUAGUUUCCAUUUUUCUUUAUAAUAAAAUAUUUGAGCCACUGUAUAAACAUGAGGGUGCACAUGUCAAGUACUUAGCUAAAAUCAACAAAGUGAGGACUGUGAAGAUAACUUUCAUGUAGUUGGAUUUUUUUAUAUAAAUUAGAGCGUCAAUUCCCUUUUAUUCUUACAUUCUCUUGCCAAAAUGGAUCCUUUGAUUUUUGUCAUUUGCUGCUAAAAUAUAUUAUCUGAAGGUAAACUGUCUCUUGAAGUUCUGUGGUGGUAUGAGAUCCAGCUGUGUGAAUAUAAUUUUUGACUAACCUGUGACUGGAAAAUAAGUCUUCAUUUUUCUCCUUUACAACUUUUAUAAUUUGUGUCCUGUAUAUGCCCUUGGACCCUUUUAUAAAUUAUUUUUGCUUAUUGAGGAAUGGUAUUUUCGGUUUAUUGACAUUGAAUUGUUUUCUAAGUUUUUCCAUCACAAGAUAGGAAUAUCAAGCAUGGUAGUAAAAAAGGAUUUUUUACAAGUUUCUAUUAUGGCACAUUUGUUUCCUGCAAAUUAAAUUGAUCAAAGUUUCAAAUAUUAGUGGAGGAAAAAGUGCUGGAUUUGUACUUCAAUUGUACAUCUUCUAUGAAUUUAUGAAGGACCUACCUGCUUUAUGUGAUUACCUUGAGUACUGAUGAUAAAUACUAGACACAGCUGUUGUCCACAUCAGAAAUAACAUGCCUUUCCCAAAGACAUUGUUAAUAUUUGUUUAGCAUAAUCCAUAAAGAACGUCGAAGACUUUUAAACUAAUGUAUUCAUCACUAACAGUGAUUGUUCAGUGUACAAAAUAGACCCCAGCUCCGUGGUCGUCUAUGAGGAUGAUAUUCCUUGUAAGUGUUCUGUAUGAGCACGUCUCAUAGGGAUGGGGAAAUUUUUUGGAAAGUCACUUGAGUUUUAAAGAAACUGGACAAUUCCAUGAAUAAUUUGAGGUUUUAUUCAUAUUGCUAAUGUCUACAAUUGUUCUAAAGAGUAUUUUAAAGUAGUUUUUUUCCCCCAGCUAAUCUUUCCCUAUAUAUGCCCCCUUUUAGGAGACUUCUCACCAUUUUGCUUUAACACAAUAAUUAUUGGCCUACUUAAUACUCCAGUGCCUUGAGAUAGUUGGACAUAUUUUAGGAAGAUUUUAUUGUAUUUGGAAAAUUACGACACAUUCCAUGCAUGGAUCUUUUGUAGUUACGUGUUUUGAUUAGUCCUGUCACUGUUUUUAUUUAAAAUGCAGUGUCAGCAAACCGAAAUGCUCAUUUCUUUUUUAGUAACAGAGUACUCGUAUACUUAUCACUGUAUGCACUCAUUGGGUCUAAGGGAGAUGUCUGAAGUCCUUCACUUAAAUUAUUUUAUGAUACUACUGUUUUCUCUAUUUUUGAGGUUAAAAUUAUUUUAAAAAAAUAUUUUGAAGAGAAGUUUAUUAGUAUAAGCAUUCAUUUAAUGCAAAAAAACUCAGCCCUUGGACAUAUAACCAUGUAAUUCUAUAUGAACAUUUAGAGUACUACAUGGUUGACCAAUAUGUAGUUCUUUACUAAAAGUAAACUCACCUCUUUAUAUAUAUUUCAAAACUGAAUUUGAAGCCUAUUAGAGACCAACUGACCUUUUAGUUGUAAUGAACUGUAUGGUCUUGCAUGGUGACACACCUGUGUAGGAGGCCAAGACUUGGCAGAGGAUGUAGUCUAGGUGUCCUGGUAUAUAUAAAUGGUCACUCACUUCGUUUAUAUAUUCCACACUCAGAAAAGAAGUCAGAGUUUUUUCUGAGUAAUACAAAAACCAUCACUUACAUAAUUUGUAUAAGAAACUUUAAACAGUUUUAAUCAAAACUAUGAGUAACAUCAAAAAUGCUUUAAGAUUCUAUAUUUUGGAAUACCUGUGAAGUAGUAUGACUACAUCAUGUUAAAUAUUUAUUUUCUUCUAUGAUUUUGGAGCAGCAAUUUUUAUUUUAAAUAAAAUUCCACUUUUAAGAAAUUCAGGGAAGAUUUGGUCACGUUGAAGAUACAGUAUUUUUGUAGUAUUUAUAAACUGUUCUAAAUGAUAGACUAUAGAAAACAUUUUUGUCAUAUGAAGGUAAAUCAGUCCAUUAUUUUAGAUCAUUUAAACUGAACAUUACACCUUCUGGGCUUUGAUUUAUGAAGUGGCACAGAAUCUAACUUUGCACUGAAUAUCUUUUCAUUCACAUCUCCUCUGCCUUAGUCACAAUGGCAACAGUACAGAAAAUUCUAUCAAACCUCAGAAUAUAGUAGAAAUAAUUAAGCUGUUGAAUGAGUCUUAAAAAUUAUACUACUGUUAAGUGGACCAAGUUUGGUGAAGCAGAAUGUGACAAAGGUUGAUUAAGGAAGGAACAACUCAAGGACAUUGGGAAUGAUAACUUUUCCACUUGAGAACUACUUUAUGUUUUACUGUAAUUUUUAAAGUUUUUUUGUCCUUUUUGUUAUUUUGCAAAAGAAAAUAGUAUUUACAGGUGGCUUCUUUUAAAAUAUAAAAAUAUAAAGCAGGAAUGUAUAUGAAAUGUCAGAUUUUAUUGUAUUUGCAGAGUAUUAGCUUUGAAAUUGAAUAAAGAAAGCUGUUUGUAGUUUUAAAAUGCCUUAUUGGUAUCAAUUAGAAAUUUCUUCUAUUUUUUGAUGUACUUAGAGCUUUUUGAGUGUAGAAUUUUAAAUGGCAGGAUUUUACAGUGUUUACAUGCAAGUGCAUUUUAUAAGUGUUCUAUAUGUGUAAAAUAGUAUUUUCAACUGGAAAGUGUUGGCUAGUGCAAAAGGCCUGGCCAUUUUCUGGUUCCCAUGAUGUUGCCUACACUGCUAGACUACAGUUUAGUAUUGCUUUGUAUCAUGAGGCCAAGAAAUUCCAUGUUGUUUGUAAAUAGAAUAAUUGAAAAAGCAAUAAACAUUUAUUGAACAAAAGAAA